UUUGAAGCAAUGACAUUAUAUAAUUUUAAAUUAUACAAUAGAGGUUCCUUGAGAACCAAAACUAACAUGAAUAAGGAAAAGCGACUCCUGACUUGUAAUUAAUUAUUUGGUCGCUAGCUAGAGAUAUACUGCUGCUUUGAGCUAGCUAAUCCAUCUUUAAAUCAUUCCCUCUUUACUCGUUUCCAUCAAGAUUCAAAAUCUUUACCAUCACAGCACAACAAGAGAGAUUUCACCCUUCACCUCUCUCUCAAAUUUCUCUGUUUCACUCAAAAGAUGAAGAACAGUAGCAAUAGCAACAGCAACAGCAACACUAAGCUUAUUCUUCUUCAUCCUUAUAUCCAAAAACAAGGAGGCUCCAAUCGGUUAUGGCUCCUUGCCUUUGUAUCAUUCUUCACUAUUGCUUUCCUUCUUACACUAAUCUACACAAGAGAGAUCUUACCUAUCAAAUCCACUACGACCACCACCAUGGUCACAGCUGGCUCGGCUUCUAGCUCUACCUUUGGCAAUAUUAAUGCACCACUGCCAACAUCAGUAAUCAAUACUCUCCUCCACUAUGCCUCAAGAUCCAAUGACAGUUUCCAUAUGUCGCAUGCCGAAAUCAAACCAAUCUCUGAUGUACUUAGAAAGUGCUCAUCUCCUUGUAACUUUCUUGUUUUUGGUCUAACACACGAGACCCUACUCUGGAAAGCUCUAAACCACAAUGGACGCACAGUUUUCAUCGAAGAAAAUCGCUACUACGCAGCUUAUUAUGAAGAGUUACAUCCUGAGAUUGAUGUCUUUGAUGUCCAAUACACAACCAAGAUGAAAGAAAUGAGAGAACUUAUAGCCUCCACCAACAAACAGAUAAAAAAUGAAUGCAGGCCAGUGCAGAAUUUACUCUUCUCGGAGUGUAAGCUUGGGAUUAAUGACUUGCCUAAUCAUGUCUAUGAGGUUGACUGGGAUCUGAUAUUGGUUGAUGGGCCUAGAGGGGAUGGACCAGAUGGUCCAGGAAGGAUGACACCAAUCUUCACAGCUGGUGUUCUAGCUAGGAGCAGGAAGGCUAGCAAUGCCAAGACUCACAUAUUUGUGCACGAUUACUACAGAAAUGUGGAGAAAAUUUAUGGUGAUGAGUUCUUGUGCAGAGAGAACUUGGUGGAGUCUAAUGACAUGCUUGCUCAUUUUAUAGUAGAGAAAAUGGACGAGAAUAGCUUCCAUUUCUGUCGCAACCAUACAUCAACUUCACCAUCCUAAUUGUUUUGAUGAUCCUCUUGAUCAUGAUAAGCAAAGUGCCGAUGGGUCAAUGGUGGUGUAAAGAAGGUAAAAAAAAAUCGUGGUUUAUUUAUGAUCAUUUGAAAUUCUUAUACCCUCCUUUUCCUUUUUUCUUUUUUCUUCUUUCUUUUUGUUUGGUGGGGAGUCUAAAAGUUAUUCUUUUUUGGCAAUGCAAGUUGUAAUUUCAUGGAAUUGGAAGUCUCCAUUGUCAUUUUUGUGUUA